ACCGUUCUAGAGAUGUAUGUGUUGUUAUUAAGUUCUUCUUAUACAUAUUGUUCCGACGAGAAAAGAAAUAUUGCUUGGAGUAGUUGCUUCGAUUGUCGAUUGUAAUUAUGGCAAAACGAAAAAGUAUAAAUAAACGGCUCUCCAGAUAUAGCAGAAGCACCGUUGGCUCGGCUAUUCUGGACCCUGAUACAGGCCUUCUGGACAAUGAACAACCAUAUUGGUGGAGAAAUUUAGAAAACGAUACAAUAGCAAGACCAUCCGCGCGUUUUAGUACCUUGAAUCAAACGAGUCAACACUUGAACUCCAACUCGUUACUCGAAACGAGUAAACCUGAAGGUGAAUGGUGGAAAGUAUUGGAUACCCCGUCUCGUAGAUCCAAAUCUUUAGUAACGAUUCCUAAUCGUUCCAGUAAAGAUGCGAUCUACGGCACAGCAGCACUCUCAGAGUCGGAUGAAGAAUCUGAAAUCGCGAAGAAGGAGCCUCCUUUACGGUCAGAAGCAAAGAAAGUUCAUGGUAACACCUCGAAUGCUUUGAAAGUUUCCAAGUCAUCGGUGUUAUCCACUUCCCAGCAUAAAGUCGGGAGAAACAGUUCUGUCUAUGAUUCUAAGAUAACCGAUGAGGUUCCUGUUGUUUCUAGACAACUAGCCAAGAACAAGAGUACCAGUUUGAAUCAAAGUCAAGAAACAGACGAAAUUUUGAAACAAAAACCUAGUAUUUUCAGGCAGAAAGGGAAGAACAGAGACGAGAACAUAUUUGAGGAGAUAUUAAACGAAAGGAGGGAAGCUGGCUCAAAAAAAAAAAAUAAACUUUCUAUUGCAUCCGCCUCUCCCAUCAUCGCUCGAGCUGAUCCGAGAACAGUGUCGUCACUGAUCGAGAACGAACCCAACACUUCGGAUUGGUCGAUACCAAAAAUAACGAGUACGCUGCUUGAAAAUACUGUUUCUUUUCAGCAGAGUAGCGCAAAAGAUAGUACCAGCGACACAGAAACCAUAAUAUUGAAACGAAAAUCGAAACUGUUGAUGCGCCGUAAUAUAGACACAAAACGAAAUGUUUUUAAAAAUAUUCUCACAGAGGAAGAAAGCGACGCCGAUAACGAAGAUGAGAAUCGAUCGAUUCGUAAGAGCGCCGCAAGGGACGCCAGGAUACCAACAAAUUAUGCGUCCGGACAAAUCAAUAAGUCGCACAAGUCCUUGGAAUCAGUGGUAGAAAAUAUUCAGGAUAAAAGUAAGCACGAUGAACGGAAACGAUCGAAAGGGACGAGCUCGUUCGACAUCACCGAUUCCAUCGUUCCAGCGACUCAGAGCGCUAAGAAACCGAUCGAACGGGUUCGUGUGGUCGAAUCCUCCGUAACUUCUAGCGAAACCUCCAAUACGGACCAGGAUCUUCGCGAAGUAUCGAAAGUCAGAUCGAAGUUAUUGAGGGGAAUGUACAGAAGUCAAAGGAAAAAUAUGUUCGAAGAAAUUCUCGAAGCAGACGAACAUUCGCAUAGAACAAUUUCUUCUAAUCGUUCGAAAGGACAGAAUUUUGCGGUUGAGGACGUUCUGGAUACACCAAUGGCAAGACAUCGAAGCGUAAGUAGCAGAGAGGACUCGAACAUUGCUUCGGAGGACAUAAAUCUGAAACUGUCAAGCUGUACGGACGCAAGCGACAUCGAAAUAAUAAGAGCUAGUCGCGAUAACAGUAAUAAGGAGAGAACAAUGGAUGGAAGAAGCGUUCGAUCGAAAAUCGAUCAUACUGGCACGCGGGAACAGAAAGUUACGAACGCAACAGACGAUCGAAGUUCCAAUAUUAGUUCCCAUCGAAAAUCUAUUUUUUUAGGGAACGAUCAAGAAGACGAUGUUUUGGCAGAAGAGAAUAUCAAGGUGUCGCGGAGAGGUACACAUGCAAGUUUGGAUGUUUUCGAACAAGAGGCGAUCGGGGCGGGACAAAGCAGACAUUCGAAUAGGUCGCAGGUAGCAGCGGCCAUAUCGUGUCGUUCAGGUUAUUUCGAAGAGACCGGUGUGGAAAAUUCACAGAAAGGCCCGAGCAGAGGUUCGGUGAGAUCGCGAGAAUCGUCGACGAUUAGCGAGCCGAGUGACGUCAGCAUAGAGCCGAGGCAGAAUAUUUCAACGAAGCAGAGCAGGAACUUGGAUGGAAACCAGUCGUUUUUAGGUAGCGCACGGGAAAUUACGUCGAGUGAAAUCGAGAAUGGUAGUAGCACAGGGAAAAGUUUAGGGGAAUCCCGAAACAAAGAGGAUAGUCCGAAAUCGGAGGCAAUUUUGUCGCUGAAAGAUCUGCCUAGUGGGCUAUUGAAAAGUACAGGUUCGUCCAGGUUACUGGAAUACUUACUUUCGACCUCCACGAACAAGGAGCGCGAAGAGAAACCAGACGAAGUCGAGAAUACUAGGCGGGAACGGAGCAAGAGUAAUCUGAGGGACAUUGAUGAUGGCUCGACAUCGAGCACUAGAAACUCCGAGACAGAAGAACAAGGUCACGUUCGAUCGAGCCCGAAAAGUGGAAGUAUGGAUAGGUCGCAGAUGCAGUUGAAUACGACUAUAAGAAAUCAGGGUGUCUCCGAUAAUGAAUCCGAAAGUUCAGACGAUGAAAGUACUUGGAAGAACCAAACAAUAAGUUCGGACCAGUUGGGAAAUCAGUCGAUUUCGGGUAUCGCGAAUAAGAAUAAAUCGAGGGAAGUUGAAGAUACCGCGCCGAGAGGAAGCAAGAUGUUCAACAGGGACCAGGAACGAUCGAAAUUACAUUCUACGAAUAUCUCCGAAAAAAGCCAUAAUCAAACUCCUUCGAAAAGACCGAGCAGAAGUUCGAGUAAAUUGCUAAAACAAGUGCCUUCGGUUGCUGAGAAUAAGAAUGAGGAUGAGGAUGAUUCUGACGCAGGUGAGAAAACUGGGCCAAGAGGAAGCAAGAUGUUCAACAGGGACCAGGAACGAUCGAAAUUACAUUCUACGAAUAUCUCCGAAAAAAGCUACAAUGAAACUCCUUCGAAAAGACCGAGCAGAAGUUCGAGUAAGUUGCUAAAACAAGUGCCUUCAGUUGCUGAGAAUAAGAAUGAGGAUGAGGAUGAUUCUGACGCAGGUGAGAAAAUUAUACCAAGAGGGAGAAAGAUGUUUCUGAGAGACCAAGAACGAUCGAAUUUACAUUCCACGAAUAUCUUCGAAAAAAGCCACAAUCAAACUCCUUCGAAAAAACCGACGAUAAUUUCGAAUAAGUUGCUAAAAAAGGUGUCAUCAGUUACUGCAACCGAGGACAAAGAUAAAUCCGACGCAGGUGAGAAUAUUGCGCCAAGACAGAGCAAGAGGCUCAGAGAAAUACAGAAUUUACAUAUCACUAACGUCUCCGGGACGGACUACGGUCAAAUACCGUCGAAAAGGCAAACCCGAAGUUCGACUAGAUUGCAAAAGCCGGCGAAGAAUACCACUCAGAAACGAAGCACAAUGAUCGAUAUAUCUGAAAGACGAUCGAAGCCACUCGCCUACAGCGAGUCUGAAACGGAAGACGAAGUUCUACCACCUUUAAAAGAACCCGCGAAAAAUUCGAGUCGGUUCGAAAAACAUUCGGCUCCCGGUAUCGAGGAAGAAGAGAUUUCGAACGAAGCUGAGGAUACUACAAGAGGACGAAGCAGCAGGGGAUCAAAGAAGAUGGUUCAGCAACGUUCGAUUGUCAUUCGGAGCGAGAGUAGCGAUACUGAAGAUGUUCCUGUUCCUUUAAAGGAUCCAGGGCAAGGGAAGAUAUCGACAGCUGCAAACGAGGAAGAACCUGCAGAAACGGAAAAUGUUGUUGAAACUCCUUUGAAAGUACCCCAGAAGCAUUUGAGUGAGUCUAGAAAGCAUUUGGAUUUCGACAGGAAUGAAGAGGAGAUGCAGAGCGAAGCUGAGGAUAGUACAAGAGGACGAAGCAGCAAGGGAUCAACGAAGAGGGUCGUGCAGCAAUCGUUCGUCAAUUGGAGACAGAGUACUGACACGGAAGACGUUCCUGUUCGUUCGAAGGAGCUAAAGAAACGAAGAGUUUUAUUCUCAGGCGAGGAGGAUUCGGAAGAAACGAAACGUACUCGGAGGCGGCGAAUUGAAACUCCAAGAAGGUCCGAAACUGUCGAUACCGCGAAAGAUGCGAGCAAAAAGUCACGCGACGCGAACGACUCCAUAACCAAAGGACAGGCUGAAACGGGAACGCAAGAAGAGAACAGGGAUUCGCGUGGAUCCCAAAAGCAGUCCAUCGAACUUGGUUCGAAAGGUUACGAAACGAUCGCAACAACAUUGCGUGCCAAGGAUCGCAAUGCACUACUCGAAAGACAAUCGAUUUCCCCACGUGCCGUGCAGAAAUCUCCGAGUAAAUCGAAUCACCUCCCAUCGAGCUCGUCGAAGACGAACGAUCUUAAGUCGCCCUCUAUUGGUGUCGAUGACCACUCAGUUGGAGGAGCGAGCAAGAAACUCGAUAAACUUUUGAAAGUCUCGCUUGUCCGCCUGACGAUCGACCACGGGACGCAGCGAGUAGAGACUUCACCAAAUAUUUCAGGUCGGAAGUCGCAGAGGCGGAUAUCAGACGACCCUAAAACAGAUCGAAUCGAUGAUACCGCGAAAACACCGACGGCGAAAUCAAGCCUCGGGGAAUCUAGAUCAAAACGACUGGAAAAAGAAGUAACCGACCGGUCGAACAUUGAGAUCGAGUUCGGGGAAACACCGAAGAGGGCGGAGACAAGGCAUUACGGCGGAGAAAAACGGUUUACGAUCGAUUCGAGUGUCGACGGUGGCGCCAAAGGAAAUGGCAGUACAGCAAACGUUGAGACUGGAAAAAAGACAAGAAAACGUGAUUCGAAACGGUCGGGAUUGUUGUCACCGCGGAACAACAACGUGCCCCUGAGUACUUUGGCCGCGACUGAAAAAAGUCCAAUAGCCUCGACGAGGUUGCCCAUUUCGCAGAAUCAACGUACCAUCAAGGAUUUCUUCAGGAGAGCCGGUACCGUGCCGGCCAGUCAGGUACUCGGGGACAAACAGAAAAUGGAUGAAAUUCGAAUGAAGCUGGAUCGGAUAAAGAAACAGGAAACGGACAGGACGGAGAAAGAGAAAAGUAACGAUCAUGAAAAGAAGUUACCGUCGCGUGGAGGGAAGACGAACAUGUUCGGUAGGGGUGGAAAAUCGGCGCCGAAGCAAAGCUCCGCGACGAAAGCAGAGGUGCACAAAGCUUUCUUGGUAAAUGGGACGAGGUACAAAGUGCCCCGACUGCCCCGACCGAAGCACUGGGUCACGGACCGUCUUUACCGUUAUCUGUGGAAAUCCAUGGAGCCGAAAUACAACGAGAAGACCCGAUUGGUCUCUGAGAAAUUUGUCCGUCAGUUGUCGAACGUGACCACCGUGAUCAUGAAAAGUAAAGCGUAUCUGUAUUACAAGGCGGAACUGCACGCGUUGAUGCAAGAGAUGGCGCGGCUCGGCAUCAUACGCACGCGACGGGAUUUUUAUAAUUUCUGUCACGAGUACCUACCGUACGAGCUUCAGUUCAAAAUGGUACCGAUCCUGUUGCCGGGCAACGAGAGAAAUAUUCCUUACGAGCCGGAUAAGGUGGACGAACCUAUUCUUAACUCGUGAUCGAGAAACCGUGCGAGCGAAUUUUCGGAAAAAAAAAUAAUGAAAAAUGGUAAACCAUCUAUUUUUCUGUUAUGUACGAUUUCGAAGCAAAUCAUAUUGCGGGUAUUUAUUUUCUACUUGUUUAUCGGACGUAUUUUUGUUAUUUUGUAC